AUGCAAGAUAAUAUGCAAGAACAAUUGGAUGUGCUGGAAUCCCAAAGAGCCAUGAUGAGCCAAUUGAUACAAUUAUUGACUGAUAAAGGAAAAGGCCCUGCCAUCAAUUCGGGAGUUGAUCAGGAGGACCCUGUUUAUCCUCCAGGUUUUGCCUCAACGAGCACUCAGGCACAACCGGAUAUGUGUCAACAAGGAGCGCAUGUUCACAUUAGACCUCAAUGCCAGGUUGAUACAUUGACACCAAUAAAUUUUCAGAUAAGCUCGGGUUCUAACCCAGGAGAUAAUCCGGCUAACCUUGUCGUUCCUGAUCUGAACAAUGUGGCGGAAGCAGAAAAGGCAAAAGUAGAUUUACCGAAACAACUUGAAGAUAGGUGUAAGUGGUUAGAAGAAAAGUUCAGAGCAAUGGAAAAUGCCGAUUACCGUUGCAAGAUCGAUGCUAAAGACUUGAGUUUGGUCCCUAACUUAGUUCUCCCGCAUAAGUUUAAAAUGCCCGAAUUCGAGAAAUACAACGGGACUAGCUGUCCUGAAGCCCAUAUCACCAUGUUCUGUCGGAGGAUGACAGAGUUUAUUGACAAUAAUCAAUUGUUAAUUCACUGUUUCCAGGACAGUCUGAUAGGAGCUGCUGCCAAAUGGUACAACCAGUUGAGUCGUACUCAAAUUAGUUCAUGGAAAGAUUUAGCACAGGCCUUCAUGAAACAAUACAGUCACAUAUCGGACAUGACGCCCGAUAGGAUCACCCUACAAAACAUGGAAAAGAAACAAAAUGAAAGCUUCAGGCAGUACUCCCAGAGAUGGCAAGAAGUGGCAACGCAAGUCCAGCCGCCUCUUUUGAAAAAAGAAACCACAAUGCUUUUUAUCAAUACUCUAAAGGCCCCGUUCAUCACCCAUAUGUUGGGAAGCGCCACAAAAAGCUUUCCAGAUAUAGUGAUGACUGGGGAAAUGAUUGAAAAUGCAGUAAGAAGUGGUAAAAUAGAUGUGGGGGAAAACUUUAAGAAACCGACAUCGAGGAAGAAGGAGCACGAGAUAAACAAUACGAGCACGUUUAACAAGGACCAUUCUAAAUCAAUCACGGUGGGGCAAGCCAGAGCAGUAACCGCUAAUCAGCAAGGUUCUUUGAAACAGGAAUCCAAUCCAAGGCUAAAUGUAGAAAAACCCCAAUUUACACCAAUCUCAAUGACAUAUAGAGAGCUGUACCAGAACUUAUAUGACGCACAUAUGGUAUCUCCCUUUUAUCUAAAACCCAUACAACCUCCAUAUCCUAAAUGGUACGACACGAAUGCCCAAUGCGAUUAUCAUGCGGGAAUUACUGGACACUCGAUUAAAAAUUGUACUACGUUCAAGAAGUUAGUUGAGAGAUUUAUUAAGAUAGGAAUCGUAAAAUUUGGCGACCCGUCAGGAACAAACGUAGCAGGGGAUCCGCUACCCAAUCAUGAUUGA